GUCUGCUAGCUUCCUUAACGAUUAACUUUCUAAAUUAAGAAUAACAUGCCAUUGCUCCACCGUGUCCGUCAUUUCGUGUGGGGCGAAAUACCCGCAACGAAGGAGGAGAGGAACUUGCUCUUCAAGAUCGACUGGUUCAUUUUGUCGUAUUGCUGUUUAAUGUACUUCACAAAUUAUCUUGAUAGAUCUAAUGUCGCAAACGCAUAUGUAUCGGGAAUGAAAGAGGAGCUUAACAUGCACGGGACAGACUACAAUAAAAUAAACACAUUCUUCACAUGUGGAUAUAUCGUCGGGAUGAUACCGAAUAAUUUAAUGCUACAAGUCGUGCAACCUCGAAUCUGGUUUCCAGUUAUGCAGAUCGUUUGGGGUGUAUUGACAUUCUGCUCGAGUGCUGUAUCUACCGUCCAGCAAAUAUGGGCUAUCAGGUUCUUGCAAGGAAUCGCAGAGUCGUCGACUUUCGUAGGGACACAUUACGUUCUUGGCUCGUGGUAUAAACCAGCAGAGCUGGGGAAACGAUCUGGAAUAUUCACGAGUUCGGGUCUAGUUGGAACACUGUUUUCUGGUGUUUUACAAGCUGCUGUGUAUAAGAAUCUCAAUGGUCAUGCAGGGAGGAGUGGAUGGCGAUGGCUGUUUAUUAUUGACGGCGUUAUUACUCUUCCAAUUGCUCUCUACGGAUUCAUGGUCUUUCCAAACGUCCCUGCAACAACUGACGUCUUUUACAUCUCUGAACGUGAACGACGCCUCGCAUCAUCACGUCUCGAAAACACGUCCGACGCGGAGAUUAAUAUCGACACUUCGAAAGGCAAGCUUUCGUGGGACCUUGCGAGGCGUGUGUUAGGUAGGUGGAGGUGGUACGGGUGUAGUUUGUUAUUUGCGAUUUCGGGAGAGACGGAGAGCUUUGGGUCGAAUAACCUGAUGGGACAGUGGUUGAAGGCUAUUGGGGGGUAUAGUGUUGCGCAAAUUGAUUAUUACCCGUCCGGGCAAACUGCAUUCGCAAUAGCUUCCACACUCGUAUGCGCAACGUGGACGGAUUAUACACGUAAACGAUGGCCUGUACUAGUGUAUAUGUCCAUUGCGUGCAUAGUAUCGAGUAUUUUGAUAUUGGUCUGGAGUACGCCGAUUGCAGCGAAGUUCUUUGCGUACUAUCUCUCGGGAGCUUCGUACGCGGGGCAAGCAACGACCUUUGCCUGGGCAAACCAAAUCUGUGCAGACGACCACCAAGAACGGGCGGUUGUCUUGGCGUCCAUGAACAUGUGGAACAACGUGAUUAACGCCUGGUGGCCAUUGUUAUUCUACGCCGCUUCAGACGCACCGCGUUUCAAGAAGGGUAUGAUAGCGAUGAUUUGUACGUGUAUUGCUACGCUGGGAGUGACUGCGCUUGUAUGGUGGCUUGAGCGACGCGAACGCAGAAGGACGAAGCGCGCUCGGAAGGAGGAGAUGGAGGUUGUUACUAGUAGGACGGGCCCGUUGGAUGAGAAAGUAGACCAGAAGAGUGGGAGAGAGAGCGACGAGACUAACCGAGGAGGGAAGUUGGGUGAUGAUGAGUCGUCAUGAGUGAGAUACGAGAGAAAAAUACGCAGCUCCGCAGUCGUACUCUUUAGACGGAUAAAAUAAAAAUGGCUCUUUAUGUUUU